GUUUAAAGCAUAUAACGAUGCAAUUUAUUGCAUCUCGUUUAGAAAUUAUUUUGGGAUAUAAUCGUUGCUCGUUAACGCUGACGAUGUCCUUAUCUUUCUUAAUACGAAUCAAGUACAAUUGUAUGCAGUUGCACACAUACGUACAAUCCACACAGCAUACAUAUGUAUUUGAUAACGGUGGCGCGAGAAAAGAGAUAGUUUAAUGUCAGUGAUAGAAAUAAAUCGUAAUCGAGUUAAGAGGCUCAACGAUGCGACAGAUUCGAUACAUUAUAAAUUAUCGAUUAGGAGAGUAACGAGAUGAAUUAAGAGAAUAUGAUUUAGCGAUUGAUUCGAUGCGCGCCUCGAUGCAAUCUGAUUGCAUAUGGUGGCGAAUGGUGGCGAAUGGUGGCGGAUGGUGGUGGCGGCGGGUGAACGCGAGGGACGCACGGUGUUGCGGUGUGUUUUGAUAAAGAAAUCUUUCGAAUUUUGCUAUUGUGUAAAACGAUAGAGUAGGAAGAUCGCGAGAUAUCGCGUAUCUCCGUGCGCUGUCGUGCGCUGGUGUGCGCUCUAUCGCGCAUCGUGAUCCAUCGGUUCUCGCUAAGGAUCGCUUUAUCAUGAUAUAAAAGGAGAAAAUGGCACCUGCAAAGAAGACAGAUUUGGAUAAAUUAGCAUGGUCUUGGAUUGAAGCUGUUAUACCCGAAGAAAUAGAGAGGAUACAUUUAGAAACUGCUUAUAGACUAGGUCUCAAAGGUUGCAAAAGUUGCAAACGAAACUGUACAAAUAAUCCACAAUGCCUCACCGGAUUAGGAGAAGAAAAAUAUAUCAAGUCUCAACCCACAGAGAUCGUUUCCUUGGAAAGUUCUUUGUCUGAGCUUCGUGACCCUACUCAAUACGUCGGCCUGAAAAAUCUAGGAGCAACUUGUUACGUCAACAGUUUAAUUCAAAUGUGGUUCCACAACGAGGACAUGAGGCGGAUAAUAUACAAGUGGAAUAUAACGGAAGAUCCGGAGGAGAGGGAGGCUUUGUAUCAAGCGAAGAAGGCAGGACUCUCUUAUCAUCCGGUAACUGCGGUUGGUCAGUUGCAAUACAUAUUUGCCAUGAUGCAAUUCGGAAACAGACGUCUACUCGAUCCAAUGAAUCUUGCCAUCGCCCUGUCUUUGGAUACUAGAACGCAACAGGACGCGCAGGAGUUCUCGAAGCUGUUGUUGUGCCAUAUUGAAGGAAAGCUACAGCAAAACUCAGAGUUGCAGCGGAUGUUGCGGAGGCUGUCACAGGGAAAAUACAGCUAUAUCAAUUGUUGCUCCACCUGCGGUACCGAGUAUCCAACAUCGACCACUUUCUACGAAUUGGACUUGCAGCUCGCAGCUACUUUGAAGGAAGCUAUAGAAAAAUAUCUGACUGAAGAACAAUUGAAUGGAGCUAAUCAAUACCAUUGUGUUACCUGUAACGACAAAAAGGAUGCGAGACGGUUCAUACGCUUGGAAUCGCUACCAGAAACUUUGAACAUUCAAUUGAUGCGCUUCGUUUUUCAUAGGGAUUCUGGUCAAAAAAGAAAAUUGAACUCUUUCAUCCACUUUCCGGAAGACUUGGAUAUGUCCGAAUACGUUAGAUGUCUUCCUCAGACUCAUAUGUACAGUCUCGUUGCAGUUUUGAGUCAUAAAGGACCUUCGGCUCAUUCGGGUCAUUACAUUGCGAAUAUAUGUAAUUCGGCUGGAGAGUGGUAUCAAUUUAGUGACGAUAAAGUUGAGAAAAUGCAGAAUAAGAGAAUCGAGGAUAGCGGCAAUGAAUCAACAAAAAAUAUGAAACGUGGUCGUGUACCGAAAGGAUUUCUUUCAUCCAACACAGCGUAUAUGUUGGUCUAUAAGAAAUUAACUAUUGAACAAAAGCUAGGUAACGGAAAAAAAUUGAAAACAAAGAAGACUGAUUCAGAGUGCAAUAGUUGCAGUGAUUCCGUUAGUUUGGAAAGACUCACUGUAAAGGAUAGAUCUGAUUCGUCGGACGAAGGAAAACGUAAGAAUGGAACUGAUGAUUUCAAGGAUAUUGAAAGUCCUGGAAAAAUGAUGAGAAUAGAAGCUGAUUGUAAAAUGGAAGUGGACGGUGUUGUAACAGGGAAAAAUUACAACUCCGAUGUCGUCAAGGACGAUAAAAGUUCGACAGAACAGCCGAAGAAAAUUGUCACAAAAAAUACAAAACUCGAUUAUAAAUUGUUAAACGGCGCUGCCCAUAGAGCAAUGAGCUGUGGAGAACGUGAUUUCUACGAAGAGAUUGAAUUUGAAAAUUGGCAAGUGAGCAAUACGAUGAGAGAACUUGUUCGUCAAGAAAAUGUUAAACACGAGUUAAGUUUAUUGGCUAUUCAGCAAGAAAAACAAAAAGAGAUAGAAGAUCAGAACUUUAAGAGGCAACUCGUAAUAGAUGUGUACGAUAUCAUUGGAAAUACAAUGUCCUGCAUAGAAUAUCAAUGGAUACCAAUCGAUUGGUUAUCAAAAUGGUUAAAUGGACAAUCGUUGACCGAUGGUGUUCCACCGAUAGACAAUUCGGUUCUGAUGUGUCCUCAUUAUCGUUUAGAUCCAUUAAAAGUCAAUCGUGCUAAAUGUUUGCCCACCUCAGCAGCUAGUCUACUGUAUGACAAGUAUCGUGGAGGGCCACGUUUGGAUCAGAAUACUCUGUGCGAAGUUUGUGUAAGAAGACGUUGCAAAAUGCUUAGAUUCAAAAUGGUUUUGGAACGUGAUCACAAGGAAGUUAACGAUAUAAUACGUAAUUUUAAAGAAUCAAGCGAAACGAGUUACAUAGUCGGCGCAGAUUCUUUGAGAUCUUGGAGGAGACUAGCUAUGGAAAAAUUUACCGAAGAUAUGGAACAGGAAAUAGAACGAGAGGAUCGUGAAAAUUCUCGAUUAACAGAAGAGAAGAAUAAAAAUGGCGAUAAAGAUAACGAUGAUUGUACGAAGGAAGUCGAAGAGUGCGAGGAGAACGAAGUUGUUUUAAACUUUAACGAAGAUUUACUUUGUGAACAUAAUCUAUUGAAAACACCGGACUCCAGUAGGAAAAUAGUACCUCGCGAAGUUUGGUCGAUAUUAAGGAAAUAUUUUCCAAAUUCUAAAGAGUAUCCAUUUGGUACGUCGUCAUGCUCGAUCUGCGAGGAGAAAAUGGAAAAUGCACAAAAGGCAAAGAAGGAUGAUAAGAUUAAAGCUAAGCAACAAAAGGACGAGCUUGUCGAUUUGUAUUAUGCAAGAAAUAGAAAUGAAAUUUCUAAGUGCGAAGAUGCCGAGAAAGUAUUUUAUAUCGUCGAGAAAGGGUUCUUGGAUAGUUGGCGUUCUUUUAUUCGAUACGCUGAAAGUUACUCGAGGACACCGCCAUCGUCUAUCCAAAAUGCCGUUCUAUUGUGCGAGCCGCAUAAAGGACUAUUGUAUCGGGCUUCCAUCAAUAACGAACUAUACAGUGUGGUUACUGCCGAGGAAUGGUCGAAAUUAACACAGUUCUACGAAGCCGACCACGUUAUUACGAUCCAAAAGAUAGGUUCGGAUUUUAAGACUCAACCAGACUCUUGCGCAUCUUGCAUGUUGGCGAGGGUGGAACAGGAAAGAUUGGAGAGUCUCAAGUACGACAAGGCUGUUAUAUAUAUAAAAUGUGUCGACGACAGCGACGAUUCCAAGGCGGAGCUGACAACAGAGGUAGCCGCCAAGAGACCAAAGAUGGACAGUUCGAGACCAUCGAGGACAAGAAGAAAAGUUAAAGGAUCUCACGAAUUGAAAGUGUCGUCCGAGAUAACGUUGAAGGAACUCAAAGUUAUGACGAUGCAAAUUUGCGGCGCUGGACCGUACGAUCAGCAUCUGAUGUUGGGUGAACACGAGCUUACCGAUCACAGUCAAAGUUUGGCAGCUCUUGGGAUAUUUCCAGGAGCACUAUUGACUUUAAAGAUUGACGCACCAGUAGAAACUGAGCCUAGCGUUGAGUCUGAUGCGACCAGUAUGGAGAUUACGUCACCGGAGAAGGGUUUCAAGGGAACCGAGUUGGUGCCAAGCUGAUCUGCGAGACCCGAUUUUUGGUAGUAGCCAAAUGCGUUCGACCGAAUGGUGUAAUAAGCGGAUAGCCGAUAACGGCAUAAAAUAUUUUUGUACACGAGCUCAUAACAUUAUGUAUAUACAUAUAUAUAUGUAUGUGCGAAAAAAAGAUAUAUAUAUACAUAUAUAUAUAUACGCGUACAUGUAUUUAUGUAUAUAUGUAUG